UAAUAACAAAUGGAAAAUGCUGACCAGCUAGAACAGAUAAACAAGACUCGGAUUUUAGAGAGAGAGAAUCUGGUUGAAGCAGAAAGUAAUAGAGUUGAUAAAAUACUGAGGAAUGCUUAUUAUUUCAUGUGUUUUAAACACGUAUUGGAAUAUGAAAAUUGUUCCCUACAUCGGAUGUUAAAAGUUAAUCCUCUCGAGAUAUCCCUUGAUUAUUCAAAGAGAGAAAAUAGAAAUUAUGCAAAGAAGAAUAAAUUUUUAGGAUCGUUUCAAAUCGAUAGAUUUCAAUUCUUCCAAUCAAAGAUGAGGAAUAAGCAUGUUGUGAAUUUCAUCAACUCUUCAUAUCCUAAUAAAGUUGCCAGAUUUGAUAUUUGUUGUGGCGCAGAUUCAUAUUUUACACCCCUUCAUCUGCCCAAUUCUUUGAUGAAAGUCAGAUGAAAUGUUUUAGAUGAGCUAUGCAUUUAUAAUUUUGUGAUCAGCACUUACCAGUUCAAGAGAAUUAUGGCUUCAUACAAGCAUGUUGGGAAAAUAAGUAUAUUGAUGUGAGAUAUCUCAAUCUCCUCAGAGUUUGAUUUUUCUCAAGCAUUGAGAAAUACAAAGAUAAAGGUUCUGGAUUUUGAAUGAUCAAUAUAUAAAGCCGAUUCUUGGUUUAUAGAGGAUAGCGGAGAGUUUAACAUUUUCAUUGAUGGAUUAGCAUCUUCUUCAGAUUUGAUGACAAGUCUUGAAAGAAUCAGUUUUAAGAGUUGAGAGAUUGAACAAGAUAAAAUUACAAAAAUUCUGAACUUGAAUGGGUUCAAUAAUAUUCUAAUUGAUCUUUAAACACAUUCCCCACAA